UACACACUAGAUUUCUAUAUCAAUGAAUAAUAUUACACACACAAAAAAAAUGUCUGUUUCUUCUAAAAUUUUAUCAUUCUUCUUAUUACCAUAUUCGAUUUUAAUCAUCAUGAAUUUCACAACCACAGUUGCUCAAAUCUGUAACAGAAAUAACUGUAUUUCUCCAACUGAAUUAACUGUCAAAUUCCCAUUUCAAAUUUCCGAUCAAAAUCACUACCCAACUCGUUGUGGCUACCCAGGUUUCGACCUCUCUUGCAGAAACACCACCACCACCACCACGGGCGCCGGCGCCGACGCCAUUAUCUCCCUUCCCGCCGGCGAUUUCGCCGUCAGAGAGAUAGUCUAUGGCUCCCAAGUAUUAACCAUCGACGACCCAGAUAACUGUCUUCCCAAACGGUUUCUCGACACCAAGUUCAGCGUUUCCGGCACCCCUUUUCGGGUCCGAAACCUUGGCAGCUUCACUUUCUUCAACUGUUCGCCGGAGCCGGUGACCGGCGCCGGCGCCGGAGUAAAGCCGUUGGCCGUUCCGUGCCUCAGCGGGAACGGUUACACGGUUGCGGCGGUGCCCACGGAGAUUUUUGCGACGGAGUUUUUGUCGACGCCUCCGGCGUUUUGUAGGGUUGUUUCGACGGCGGUUAUGGUUCCGGUGACGGCGUCGGAAAAGUGGUGGGAGGAGGAGUGGGGGUUUUAUCUGAGGAGUUAUGUAGGGCUGACGUGGCAAGAACCCAAUUGUGGAGAAUGUGAAAAACGUGGUGGAGAUUGUGGCUUUGUGAGUAGUAGUAAUGAUUUGGAAAUUGGAUGCUUUAAUCUUCCAAAUAAGCAUGGUCUAUCCAAGGGUGUUCAAUAUGCCCUAUACUUCAUCACAUUUCUUGGGAUAUUAGGGUUUUUAUGCUACAAUUGUCGACCCAAAUGCCAAGACCAAGAAAAUAGGAUUUUUAGCAAUAACCGUUGGAGAAAUGGUAACCAUAAUCACCCAUUGCCCAAUACUAACACUAGUAUUAGUUCUACUACAACUACUACAACUCUUCCUCAUCAUAAUGAAGCCAAUUCCGGUGGACUACCAUCCACUGGAAUUGACAAAACGAUUAUUGAAAUGUACCCGAAAAGAUUGUUUGGAGAGAGUCGACGACUUCUGAAGUCUGAUUACAAUAGUUGUUCGAUAUGUUUAACUGAAUAUCAGGCUAAUGAUAUAGUGAGAACUCUUCCAAAUUGCUUUCACUAUUUUCACUCGAACUGCAUUGAUGAAUGGCUCAGAUUGAAUGCGUCUUGUCCUAUUUGUCGAAACUCCCCACUUAUAUCUCCUUAUACUUAAUGUGUCCAUCGAAAUAAUGUAAUUUUUAGAGAUAUACAUGUUGAUAGAGUGUAAAUAUAUGUCUUAUAACUGUAUUUGUAUAUAAAUAUACUUUCAAUUUUUUAC